AUGUCGAAAUACGCGUUGCCAAUACGCGUCAAGACUGUGUAUCACGCGUCGGCGUGCUGUGAGUCAAUAGUAGUGAAGAGAGAAGACUGGACGGGAUUCCGAGUGGAUCACGAAGACGGCGGUGUUCCACCGACAUCGCGGACUGCAGCAGGAACUUGGAGCAAGGUCGUGCGCACGCCGAAGGAGAACAGAGAGCGCGACUGCAAAGGUAACGAAUUUGUGGAGCUACGAGCAUAUUAG